AUGGUUGGUAGGCCAUUACCUAAUCAUGAAGUUAGAGUGGUUGAUAAUGGGCAACAUUGGUUUGAUGACAGUGAUUUUGAAGAUUUCCUUGUUGCUGCUGAUUCAGUGGAUAAUGAGUUAUUCCCUGAACCAGAAAAUGAAAUACAAGUUGUAGUUGAUGACAGAAUUGAUGAGGGGAUGGAAUUUCCAGACAAGACCGCUUUUAAGAAACAUCUCAGAAAAUACUGUGUAUCUACUAGGACAGAAUGCAGGUUUAGUAAGAGUGAUAAUAUUAGAAUCAAGGCUGUGUGUAAAGGCUUUGGAGAGCCCAUUCUAUGUCCGUGGUAUAUAUCUGCAAGGAGGAUCCCUGGUGAGGCGACUUGGAGCAUAAGAGAUUUCCACUUGCACCACACUUGUAUUGGGGAUCCUUAUGGGAGGAAUUCAUGUGCAAAUCCAGAAUUUGUAGCUCAACAUGUGAUCAACAAGCUAAGGGAGUCACAUGGAAAGAAUGUACCUAAACCUUCUGAGAUUGCUGCCGAGUUUUGGACAAGCCACAACACCUUGAUCCCGUAUCACGUUGCAUGGAAGGCUAGAAACAAUGUGUUGGAGAGGAUAAACGGAAGCUUUGAUGAGAGUUUUAGACUCAUACCAAGUCUGUGUGAAAUGAUCAAAAGGACUAAUCCCGGAUCAAUUGCUACUUUCACUUACGGAAGAGACAAUCGCUUUGAAUCUGUGACCAUAUCUUUUGAUGCCCCAAUGAGGGGUUUUAUAAAUGGUUGUAGAAAUGUGGUUGGGCUGGAUGGUUGUCACCUGAAGGGAAAGUAUGGUGGUUGUCUACUAUCUGCCACUGCUCUUGAUGGGCAGAAUGGAUUGGUUCCUUUGGGUAUCAUGAUUGGUUGA